CGCGCCGCCAUUCGAGCUUCAGCCGGUCUCAAGGCGGGCUGCGCUAACUGUAGUGAUUACAAAAUAAAGUUCAAACUAAGUAUUUUCCUAAUUAAGUUAUUAAAACACAUUAUUUUAUAAACAUGAGGGAAAUAGUGCAUCUACAGGCCGGACAGUGCGGGAACCAGAUUGGCGCUAAGUUCUGGGAGAUCAUAUCCGAGGAGCACGGCAUCGACCCCACGGGCGUGUACUGCGGCACCAGCGACCUGCAGUUGGAGCGCAUCUCCGUCUACUACAAUGAAGCCUCUGUUGCGACGAAGGAGAACGGCGGCAAGUACGUGCCCCGCGCCAUCCUGCUCGACCUCGAGCCCGGCACCAUGGACGCGGUGCGCUCCGGCGGCUACGGCCAGCUAUUCCGGCCCGACAACUUCGUGUUCGGCCAGUCCGGCGCCGGCAACAACUGGGCCAAGGGACACUACACAGAAGGCGCCGAGCUGGUCGACGCGGUACUAGACGUAGUCAGAAAAGAGUGCGAGAACUGCGACUGCCUCCAAGGAUUCCAACUCACGCACUCGCUCGGAGGAGGCACCGGCUCCGGCAUGGGCACGCUGCUCAUCUCCAAGAUCAGAGAAGAGUACCCCGACAGAAUCAUGAACACCUACUCCGUCGUCCCCUCGCCCAAAGUGUCAGAUACUGUCGUGGAACCCUACAACGCCGUCCUCUCAAUCCAUCAACUAGUUGAAAACACAGACGAAACCUACUGCAUAGACAACGAGGCUCUCUACGAUAUCUGCUACAGAACCCUCAAAGUGCCCAACCCUACGUACGGAGAUCUGAACCAUCUCGUGUCCCUCACGAUGUCGGGCGUCACAACCUGCCUCAGAUUCCCUGGACAGUUGAACGCGGAUCUUCGAAAGUUAGCCGUCAACAUGGUGCCCUUCCCGCGUCUCCACUUCUUCAUGCCCGGAUUCGCUCCUUUAACUUCCCGCGGAAGUCAGCAGUACCGAGCCUUGACAGUGCCAGAACUGACGCAGCAGAUGUUCGACGCCAAGAACAUGAUGGCCGCCUGCGACCCGCGCCACGGCCGCUACCUCACCGUGGCCGCCAUCUUCCGCGGCCGCAUGUCCAUGAAGGAGGUGGACGAGCAGAUGUUGUCCAUCCAAAACAAGAACAGCAGCUUCUUCGUCGAAUGGAUUCCGAACAACGUCAAGACAGCCGUCUGCGACAUUCCUCCCAAAGGCCUCAAAAUGUCGUCCACAUUCAUCGGCAACACGACGGCCAUCCAGGAGCUGUUCAAGCGCAUCUCGGAGCAGUUCACGGCCAUGUUCAGGCGCAAGGCGUUCUUGCACUGGUACACCGGCGAGGGCAUGGACGAGAUGGAGUUCAACGAGGCGGAGAGCAACGUCAACGACCUGGUGUCGGAGUACCAGCAGUACCAGGAGGCGACCGCGGAGGACGACACGGAAUUCGAUCAGGAGGAAAUGGAGGAACUCGCACAAGAUGAGCAACACGACUGAACUCGAAUCUUUUUAAUCUCAAAUCAGCAGACUGAGGGAAAACAUAGUCUUGCACAAAUAUACAUCUAAAUGUCAAGCGUUAGGGGACCAAAGACAAAGUUACUGAAAUGCUUACAGUGAGCGAACAAAACUGUCUCCAAAAUUAAUUUUAAUGAACAUAAUAUACCGUCUACUAAGAACGUCUAUAUUUGUGAAAGCUCUCUUUUCCCUUUAGUCUGUAUCUCAAAUAUAUCUACUCUAUUACAAUAAUAUAUUUUCAUCAAAAUUAGAGGCUAAGUCAGAAGUUGUCAAUCUAUAAAAUACCAAAGUGCGUUUGGAUCAAAUAAGCACGGAGCCUAGUCAGUGCCCACUGACCGGUACUUGUGUGCAGAACUAUCAUAUUUUAUAUUGAAUGAAAUGAAACUAAGUAUUAUUUUCGAAAUAUAAUUAUGUCUAUUCGAUAAAUUAUAGAAAAGUACCAAUUUGUGCAUUUCGUAUUAUUAAGUUAUUUGUCAUGUAUGCUUUUAUAUAUUAAUUUAUAAAUAAAUGUUUUAAAGAAA